UGAUUUUGUGGGCGGAGAUAGAUUCCGCCUGUAAAAAUGUACUUGUAACGACAAAGAAUCCAUUUCCUGCAUACUGUUGCAACGCUCCUGCUCCGUGACAUUAGCUGUUCCUUAAAGAGUCUUUGGCAUUGGUCUGGGAAGCAGCCAUGACUUCUGCCAUGAGAAGCUUGAUAUCGGACUACAGCCGAUAUUUAAAAUCUUUUCGCCUGUUUCUCGAGUAUUCAACAGAGCAUCAGUGUACGCUGGAUUUCAUUGAGAAUAAACUGCCAGACAUAAUAUCAAGCAUUGGUAGUGGAAAAUCUACAAUCAAUAUCCUUAGUAUUGGUGGUGGUGCAGGAGAAAUUGACCUUCAAAUUCUUGCAAAUGUAAAGGCAAAAUAUCCUGGAGUUAUCAUUCAUAAUGAAGUGAUAGAACCAAGCAUGGAACAAAUCGCCAAUUACAAAGAACGUGUAGCAAAGACAUCAAAUCUUGAGAACAUAAAGUUUACUUGGCACAAGGAGACAUCAUUGGAAUAUGAAAGUCGAACAAAGGCGAGUGGCAAUAUGAAGACAUGGGAUUUCAUCCAUAUGGUUCAGAUGCUGUAUUAUGUAAAAGACAUCUCUGCUACUGUUCAUUUCUUCCGCACUCUUUUGGAACCUGGGGGCAAACUCCUUAUUAUUCUUGUCUCAGGAGCCAGCGGAUGGUAUAGGCUGUGGAAGAAAUAUGAUGCUCGUUUACCUCAUAAUGACCUUUGCUUAUACGUUUCAACUGCGGACGUUGAAGAGAUACUUGAUGCAGCUGGACUGAAGUAUCAGUCGUAUGACCUUCCAUCUACUACAGACAUAACAGAUUGUUUUACUGAAGGAAAUGAAAAGGGGGAACUGUUGCUUGAUUUUUUGACAGAAACUUCUCAUUUUAGUCAAACUGCCCCACUAGACCUAAAAAAGGAAUUGGUGGAAGACCUGAAAAGUCUUGAAUACAGUGAAAAUAGAGACGGAAGGUAUUUUUUCAAUAACAACCUGAGGGCAAUAGUGGUUGAAUCCUCAAAAUGAUUCAAAUGGAUUCUUCUGAGCUAACAAAUGGAAUAGUUUUCUUACUGUUCAAUAUUUUAUUAACAAUUUAGGGUUUUUAAAAGCUAACUUUUUAUUCUGUGUCUGUGGAUAAAUCAAGGUGUAAUGAAAUUAGAAAAUAUCUUUGUAAGUAGCUGUUUAACAAUAUUGUUAUGUAUUUAAAUAAUUCUGUUAAUAGCUUAAUACAUAAUCUGCUGAGUCAUUUAACAUUAUCCUUAUAUGUAGUCUGUUUCCAUGUGAUGCAAUCAAUAAUCAAAUUAAAAAACUGGAAUAAAUGGGAAAACAAAUUAGUUCCAGAAAUAUUCCAACCGCUUCCAUUUACGUUACACUUCACUUUUUUUACGUAAACAAACCAGAAAAAUAUGUUAAAUGGAAUUUACAGAAUGAGACACUUUUAUGAAAAUGGAACUCCCCUUACUGUAGUAAAAUUAAAGUUGCAAGGACCUUCAAUGAAUUGGAUUCUUCUUCAUCAGUUAUAUUACUUAAUGGUGAAACCUACAGUAAGGCGCAAACUAUGACCAGAAAGAUGAUGAAAUUUAAACAGAUUUCUAAUGCAACAUAAGAAUAGUACAAUAACUUCUAAAAUAUAUUCUUACUGAGUUGAAAUAGAUACAAAUAUGUCAAAUGGACUGAAAACUAUAUGAGAAAAUGAUGUUGGGAUAAAAAUAGAACAAAAUGUAUAGAAUAAAUUAUGGAUGAUUCAAACAAGGAAAACUGUGUCAAUAGCCCUUAGGGAGAAUUCUUUGAAACUUACUGCAUCAGUGAUAUAUUAUUCCAGUACAUCUUGCAAGAAUAAAUAACACAAAAUGCUGGAGAAAUUGCAACCAGCAAGGUGAUUACUUCCACAUGUGGUGGUUAUGCCCUGUAGUAUCACAGUUUUUGGGGAAAAUGUUUUCAGAAAUGGAAAAUAUUAUGUAUCAAAUCAUUUAUGCCAUACCAGCGCUGUCUUUGUUAAGGGGAACAAAAUGGAAAAGUUACAUCCAAGGGAUUAAUAGUGUUUAUGUUGAGGAAAACCCAUAGCGUAAAGCAGUGUUGGAAAUCUGCAGAAUGUUUAACAUUACAUUAUUGGCAUUCUGAACUAUGGCAAAUAGCAAUGGCAGAAAAACUGAGAUAUUAAUUUAAAGCUAAAAUGUUAAAUUUUUAUGAAACAUGGCAUGAUUUUAUUUUAUGUAUGAAUCAGAAAGAUAUUCAACAUCUAUCAAAGCCCAUCCUCAAAUUAUGGAAAAAGGAAUUAAGCAUAAAAUGCAUAAAGAAUUGUUUUUUAAAAAAAUCCCCUGUGCCAUUAAAUAACUUCCUCUCUUAAAUUACAUCUUGUAAAAUAAAUUGGAACACAUGUUAAAUUUUAAACCCUCUGUCAGUAAUCUGAUUCAACAUUGUCUUCUCCUUCGUAUUUUUGUUAGUUUUUUUGUAAUCUUUUUAUGUUUUGUAAUUUAGAAGGUUCUUUGUCUUGAACUGUGGAUUCUUUUUGUUUGAACAAUUAAUAAAAUUAUUUAAAAAACAAAAA